GAGCCCGGCCGCCGCUUCCCUCUGCAGCCGCGCCAUGCAGUGAGCGCCGCCGACCCGACCCGACCCGACCCGACCCGACCCGACCCGACCCGACCCGGCCCGGCCCGGCCCGGCCCCCGACACCGCCGCCCGCAUCCCGGCGCAGCCGCUCCGGGUCCCCGCGCGGUGCCGUCCGCGCUCUCGCCCCGGCCACCCGCGGGCUCCGGGCCUCCCGCAUUUCCCGGCCCGCCGCCGGCUGCCCCAGAUGGCCAGGCCCGGCGCCCUCCUGCUCCUCUCGCUCCUGCUCGUCGUCGCGCUGUCGGCCUCCUCGACGCUCGGGUUCCCGGCAAAGGAGAAGAGAGGCUGGACCCUGAACAGCGCCGGCUACCUCCUGGGCCCGUAUGCCAUCGACAACCACAGAUCGUUUAGCGACAAGCAUGGCCUUGCCGGCAAGCGGGAGCUCCAGCCAGAUGGCGAUGUUCAGACAGGGAGCUCCGACAGGCUGUUGCCUGAGAGCAGCAUCGUGCGCACUGUAAUUGAGUUUCUGACUUUCUUACAUCUCAAAGAGGCCGGGCUCCUAGGCAACCUGCCGGGCAUCCCCUUGGCAGGGUCCCCCGAAGAUAUGGAGCAGUCCUGAGCUGACACCUUUCCCAGUGUGGUCGUCUGUGCUGUGUUUAAAGUCACCUUAAGAUGAGGAUAAACUUAUGCCAACUUCCGUGAUUCAUUUCUGUUCUCUGCUUUGACUCUGUGUCGUCACCAUCGAAGCCUCUUCUUUUGUAAUUAUUUUGAGUGACAAAAUAAAAAAUAGCAACCA